UCCUGGUCAACCUGAAAGUAACUGUACAAAUACCUUAUAUUAUAUAGACCCUUGCUUUGACUUCCCAAAUAUUUUUUAAUGAGCUUCAGAUUGCAGCUUGGAAUGCAAAACUUGUUACCCCACUCAUAAACGGAUGGAGAAUUCUGAAAUCAACCUGGAAGACAUUUGUGAUGGUGUAUGCAUACGAGGAGCAACAAGAAACCUGACUUGCAAAUACUUGGAAACAAGGAGUUAGCACAGCUCGAACGCGAAAACCGGAAAACAAGAGCCCAGGCCAACCCUAUGGCUGACGGAAAAAAUACCGGGGCUAAUCCGCCCAACCCUCAGCUGGGUAUCGUCCAACAACAGCAGAGGCAGAACCCGCAAGAGCAAGUUGUACCCAAUCCGCCUGCGAGGCAAGCCACCUUGAGGGAUGAAGAUGCUCAAAAUAGGCUGUUUGCGAAUCGAUCUGCGAUUCAACCUCCUGCUCCUGCAAGACAAGACUAUGAGAUUAAGCAUAGUCUGAUCAAUCUGGUUCAGAACCGCGUGUUCUACGGGUUGCCAUCAGAGAGUCCUCUAGAUCACAUUGAGGCUUUUGAAAGGCUGACCAGUACGACGAGGUCCAAUAGUGUCCCCUACGACUAUCUAAUGCUGACUCUGUUCCAGUUCUCCUUGGCGGACAAGGCCCUUAGAUGGCUGAACCUGUUGGAUGCUGGAUCACUCACCACUUGGGCACAAUGUAGAGCAGCUUUCCUGAAUCACUUCUAUACCAAGUCACGCUUAGCCAAACUGCGAAGCAAGAUCACUACAUUCUCACAAGAAGGCAUGGAGUCAUUUUGUGAAGCUUGGGAAAGAUUCAAGGAGUAUCUUCAGGACUGUCCUCACCAUGGUUACACCCAAGAAAACCUGAUGAACAUCUUCUAUGGAGGCAUCGAACAGAAGUACCAGAUGGCCCUAGACACAGCCAGCAAAGGGGAUUUCUCCACCAACACCGCAAACGAGGCCAAUGCACUGAUAGAAAACCUUACGGUAAGCAAUAGCAAUCACGGCAUAGACUAUGACCGUAUGGUUCGGGUCAAUGCUGUCGAGACUGAUGCUAUUAAGGAUCUCACAGCCAAGGUGAAUCUCCUACUGAAAAGGGAUCACCAAAGUGUCAACCUGUGCGAGGAACAGGCUGGGGGAUAUGCAGACUUCGGUGCUGAGACAUACCAAGAGGGUACAGAGGAGAUGAACUAUAUAGGAGGGCAGGAAAAUUUUCAGAAUCGAGGUUUUAACCAGAAUUUUAGGAAUCAUCCUAACCUGUCCUAUAGAACAAUGUCGAGAAUCCCCAGGAUCAGGUCUACCCACCGCGACCUCAGCAGAGCAAUUUCGCACAGGGUUUCCAGAACAAGGGAACAUGCUUUCGAGGAUCGAAUUUUCAGCAGAAACCCCAAGUCAACAACUUCUCACAAGGUUAUCAAGCAAAUGCACCGCAAGCCGCAGCCCCGCAGGAGAGCAAACUAGAACAGAUGAUGCAUGCAUUGAUGGAUAAUCAGAAGAAAAACGCCACUGAGGUGAAUGUCAAGAUCGACAAAAUAUAUUCUGAGCUGAAUGGGAGAAUCGAGUCGUUAAACUCCCACAUGAGAGUGUUGGAGAAUCAAGUGGCACAGUCCGCAGCAAGAUUCAAGGCACCCCCAGGGACACUUCGAGGGAAAAAUGAGGCUAAUCCGAAAGAGUAUGUGAACGACAUCACCCUUCGAAGCGGCAUGGAGCUUACGAAACCACAACAAAAAGAAGGGAAUGACCGAUCCAAUAGCAAGACUGGCCAAUCCAAAAAACAAAAUCCGGAAAACAACUCUGAUGAAAUUCCAAACCACGCUUCUGAUGAUGUUGUUAUCCCUUGUUCAACUAUUUCUGAAGGUGAGCAGCCUAGCAGACCCCAACAACCUUAUACACCCAAACUGCCUUUCCUUACUCGUCGCAAGACCAAGAUACAAGAGCGAGAAUAUGAGAAGCUGAAAUCAGUGGUAGGAGAGCUUCAGGUUAGACUCCCUUUCAUCGAAGCAGUAAGGAUGGUUCCAUCUCUCAAGAAGUACGUGAAAGAGAUUCUCACCGAAAGGCUCAGUCUGGAGAAAGGAGUGAUGUACCUCACUCAAGAAUGCAGUUCAAUGCUCCAAAACCGAAUGCCAAAAAAGUGUGGAGAUCCAGGACCGUUUACUCUGCCUUGCACGAUAGGAGAUCUCAAAUUCGGCAAAUGUCUCUGCGAUCUAGGAGCGAGCGUGAGCCUUAUGCCACUCAGCGUUGCGACGCGACUUGGUCUCUACACCUUCAAGCCGACCCAAGUCACCCUCGUCCUUGCAGAUCGCUCAACUCGACAUCCAGAAGGAGUGUUGGAGAACCUGCCAGUGCAGAUUGGGAACUGCUAUAUAUCCACCGACUUCAUUGUUUUGAAACUUGAUGAGGAAUCCCAAGAACCCAUUCUACUUGGAAGACCUUUCUUAGCCACGGUUGGUGCAAUGAUAAACGUCAAAGAAGGAAAGAUCGAUUUGCACAUGGAUGAUUUGAUUCUGAGAUUCAACCUGGAGAAAUCAGCUAAGAAACCUACAAUCGAUGGUCAAACCUUCUGGGUUGAUACAAUAGGCGAAAUAGCUGAUGAGAUCUACGAUGAAGUGUGUACAAGCGAUCAUCUGGCUGUCGCAUUGACAAAGAAGGAACCAGAACUGGGAUAUCUGUCUGAGGAGACUGAGAACUUAGCCAGAACACUCGAUGCUGCAGCAGUUCUGAAACAUGAAGUCCUAUUCGUCAAUCUGCAAACUGGACUGACAGAUCCGGAAACUGACUGACUGAUCCAGCUCCUCCUGUGGAAACAACCGAUAAGGGUGAUGGAUUGACCAUUCCAGGCGAGAGAUCAGCUGAUCUCGAAACUUGCUCCGGGACCAAAUCGAAUCAGGAGGAUUGGAGCGAACUUAAGGCUCCAAAGUUGGACCUAAAACCACUCCCUAAAGGGCUAAGGUACACUUAUCUUGGACCUAACUCCACAUAUCCUGUUAUCAUCAAUUCUAACUUGAACAAUGUUGAAACCGCACUCUUGCUCUGCGAGUUAAGAAAAUAUAGGAAGGUUUUGGGCUAUUCCUUAGAUGACAUUUCAGGUAUAUCACCGGAGUUAUGCUCACAUCGGAUUCACCUUGAAGAUCCGUCUAAGUCGUCCAUCGAACAUCAAAGGAGGCUAAAUCCGAACCUUAAGGAAGUGGUGAAGAAAGAGAUCCUUAAACUAUUAGGAGCCGGAGUUAUUUUUCCAAUCUCUGACAGCACGUGGGUAAGCCCGGUCCAUGUAGUGCCGAAGAAAGGAGGGGUGACAGUAGUUGCAAAUGAGAAGAACGAGUUGAUCCCCACCAGGACGGUAACGGGGCAUCGUAUGUGCAUCGACUACCGCAAGCUCAAUGCAGCCACCAGGAUGGACCACUUCCCUCUUCCAUUCAUUGACCAAAUGCUUGAGCAUUUAGCAAACCACCCUUACUACUGCUUCCUGGAUGGUU